UUGCUCUCUCUCUCAGUCAUUGGUCUGUGAUUCUGAUUUUAUUCGAUUCAUUUUUGUGAUUGUGUCGAAUUAAUUUUAAUUAGAUUUUUACAGAAAUAUGUGUUUAUAAGUAUAUUCAUGUAGGAUCGUAGUAUAUAUUGUUUUAGUUAGUAAUUAUAAAAUAUUUUGUAAGACUCCUUUAUAACAAAGCAAUGGAUUUGGAAGAUAAUGCUUUGGGCUUGACCCAUGAACAAACUGAUAAAAUACUACAGUUCCAAGAUUUAACUGGUAUAGAAGACAUGUCAAUAUGCAGAGAUGUGUUGCAGAGGCAUCAGUGGGAUUUAGAGGUAGCGAUACAAGAGCAGUUGAAUAUAAGGGAAGGACGUCCAUCGGUUUUCGCAACAGAAGCGCGAGCACCACCAGUAGUACAUGAUCACAUAGCACAACAAGUGUUUACAGAUGAAUCAACAGAGGGACCGUCGGGGGGUGUAAGCGGUCUACUACGCUAUGUAGUCAAUCUAGUUGUGUCAAUGUGCUACAAUACAAUAUCAUCUGUUUUGAAUCUCCUACUGAGCUUCAUACGCAAAGAUGACAGAAGAUUGGUAACUGAUCCCUUAGGUGAUGUUAUGAGCUUUAUAAAUAACUAUCAAUCAAGAUUUAAUCCACAUCCAGUAUUCUAUCAGGGUACAUAUGCGCAGGCCCUUAAUGAUGCCAAGAAUGAACUUAGGUUCCUUAUUAUAUACCUUCAUUCAGAAUCAGCAACAGAAACACAGAAUUUCUGCAGAACAACCUUAGCUGACCCAGAAGUAAUCCAAUAUAUAAAUACUCACGCCCUAUUCUGGGGCUGUUCAGUGGAUACAGCAGAAGGUUGGCGUGUGGCGCAAUCUGUAGGUGGGCGGCGGUAUCCAUUGUUGUGUGUGGUGUGCGUGCGCGAGCAUCGCAUGACAGUGGUCGCCCGUAGUGAGGGCACUUGCUCACCGACACAGCUUCUACAGCGGCUGCGGCAUGUUGUAGCUGAUAAUGAGGCUCAUCUUGCUGCUGCCAGAGCUGACAGAGUGGAGCGUGAAGUUACAGCUCGUCUGAGAGCAUCUCAAGAUGAAGCAUACGCUGAAUCAUUAGCUGCAGAUCAAGAGAAGGAACGACGACGCGCGGCGGAACGAGCCGCCCUCGAACAACAACACAAUGAAGAAGUGCGCAGAAAAGAACUAGAACAGAAACAUAAGCAAGAUUUAGAGAAGGCGCGCGCGGCAAUGGCGGCUCGUCUGCCGGCGGAGCCAAACGCCGGCGCAGGCACCGUCGUGUUGUUGAUCCGUCUGCCAGGCGGCGAGAGACUCACGCGGAGAUUCACUCUCAUGCACACUACGCAGGAUUUGUACGAUUUCGUGUUCAGUCAUCCACAGUCUCCUGAAGAGUUCGAGAUAACGACCAAUUUUCCUAAACGAGUACUUGUAAGGGGCGCGGCAAACCUCUGUGAUGCCGGCCUGAAAGAUCGUGAUGUGCUAUUUGUGAAUGACAUGAACGCUUAAAAGCUGUGUCGUCGAACCAAUGUGGCACAUUUCAAUAGUUUUUCGCGACUGAGUGGUUGACAUAAUAUUGUGAACUCGCAAUAUAAAAUGAUUGCAUUUAUUUUAUCUACAUUAUUGAUUGGGGCAAUGUGAAGUUUCAACCACUUUUAGCUAUUGUAUUGAUGCUAAUAAAAAGUGGAAUAUAAUAAACCUAUUUUGCUAUAUCAGCACUUGAAAUAGGUAAUGGCUGGAACACUAAUUUAAAACGUGACUUCACGAAUAUAUUUUUGUGCUACUCGUUUAAGUUGAAUCAUAGAGUAUUGUUUUUUAUGGUCUGAAGUACACUUUAAACAGACGACAUAGUGACAUGCUCAUAUAAUUAUUGCUGCCGCUGGUGUCGUGAUUUAAAAUGUGUUCCAGUCAUAGUACUCUGAUGAAUAUGCAUAAUAGAUUUUUAUA